AUGUUGGAAAAUCUAUUGAUGCGUUGUGUGACUGCUACCAAAAACUUGCUGCGCAUAAAGAGAAAAUCCUUUAAGCAAGGCAGAAUUGUAAUAAUCCUAAGUGGACCUCGCGCCGGCUGCAAGGCAAUAAUUGUGCAAUGCUUUGACCAGGGCACUCAGGAUAAGCGUUAUGCUCACGCUUUGGUUGUGGGCAUCAAAGGACGCAGAGCAGCGAACCGCAAGCCCCAGAUAUUCUUCAAAACUAUUAGCUAUAAAUAUCUACAGGCGACCAAUUUAAUAGCAAGUGACAUUUGGAUGGAGCAGCUGUCGCCCGAGGAGCUGAAGAUUGCGGCCUGCUGCAAGAUUCAACGCUUGUCGGUGCGCCAGCAGCUUCUAAAGCUUUACAGGGAUGGUGCCUUUAGCUGGUUCUUUGGCAAGCUGCCACGCCCACUACCAGUGCAAAUGUAUCAUUGUACGGUUUACUCUUCAGUGCUUACAACUGUACAAACCACAACAACAACAACUACAUUUAUGGGCUAUAAAUGA